CAUUCGCCCCGUCUAUUCUUGGAACCUUCCCCGCCUUCUAGUUGCUGCACAUGUUCCAUACCAUGUCAUUCCUCCCUCCCAGUAUUUAUACGGCCUCGUGGUUCGAAAGGUCCUCUGCACAGUCAAUACUUCAGCUUCAACGCAGCGCAGCACAGGCAACGUUGGUUGAACACAAGGAGCUGACCGAGUCCAGCAAUGGCGGCCAGGGCUGCAGGUACCGGCAGGCUACUCAGAGCGGCCACCGCCAAGGACAGCCGUCUGCCGUCGUCGUCUCCGGCGGCCAGCCGGCCGUCGUGCCGCAUCCCGUCUCUCAAGUUCCCGUUCCUGUGGGACACCAAGGCGGCGAGGCGCGGGAUCGGCCGCGCCGCCGAGCAGAGGGCGGCGCUGAUAACCCUGGGAGCGACCACCGCCAGCACGACGGAGGAGAAGCAACGCCUGCCGGGGGAAGCGGGCAGCGUGGAUCUCCUGCUGCCUCUAGCGUACGAGGUCACCCGGAGGCUGGUGCUCCGGCAGUUCGGGGCGACGUGGCUGGCCCUUACGCGGCGUCGCUGGGCCAAGGUCGUCGAGGCCGUCAUCCACCAGGGCAUCGUCAGAUGCCAGUCGUUCACGCUCAUCGGCGUCGCAGGAUCGCUCCUCGGUUCAGUCCCAUGUUUCCUCGAGGGUUGUGGCAUUGUUCUGCAGUCGUUCUCCUUGCAGUUCCGUGCCAUGUCGCAGACGAUAGAUCACGCCGAGAUCAUCAAGCUGCUCAUCGAAGCAUUAGACAUGUUCCUGAUCGGCACCGCCCUGCUCACGUUCGGCAUGGGGAUGUACGGCAUGUUCUACGGCUCCCAGCGCGUCCAGGAGCCCAUCUACGAGAGGCUGAAGAAAGGGGCGAGGAUCCGGUCCGUCACGCAGGCCAAGUCGAGGUUCGGCCACGCCGUCAUCCUGCUGCUCCAGGCAGGCGUCCUCGAGAAGUUCAAGAGCGUGCCGCUCGUCACCGGCCUCGACAUGGCCUGCUUCGCCGGAGCGGUGCUCGCCUCCUCCGCCGGCGUCUUCCUGCUGUCCAAGCUCUCGGCCCAUCCGCAGACACGCAACAAGCAAGCCUCCUUCGCGUGAACGUGUCCAAUGUCCCUGCUGCAUAAGCAGCAUAACAUGCAUUAUUCAUUUGUUCUUUCAUUACAAGUUAGCAAAGCAAGACAUAGUACUUAUUAAUAGAAAAGCGAAAACCUAUGAAGCUCUUGUGCCUUUUCCUCUUUUCUCUCACUGCCCGUAGCGGUUUAAUUUGUAGCUUGAGAGCAAUGUCAAUAAAGAUUUCGGAGCGACUCUCUCUCGUGCUCUUUUGUCA